AUGGCGAGGCAAGCCCCCCUUUCUCCCCAUCCUAACCACCCAGAAGAGAAUACAGCAGAACUUGACGAAAGGUAUUUGGAGACGGUCUUUUACCACAAUCGAGAGUAUCAGCAGUAUGCGAUAUCCAACCUGAGCUAUCUUGCUCCUACAGAUGAGGACGAAAUCGAACGACUUCACAUCAUGCACGAUGUGCUCAGCAGGACAUUCGACGGUCGACUUAUUUUCCCGCCAUUGCCUCGACCGAGAAGGAUACUUGAUUGCGGCUAUGGAACAGCAUCAUGGGCAUCUGAAGUGGCAGAGCAACACCCCCGAUGCGAGGUCAUAGGAGUUGAUAUAAAUCCAUCGAUGCAACCGGAAGAAAUGCCGGAGAACCUCUACCUGCAAGUAGAUGAUUUAAACCGGAGGUUCACAUUCCCAUCCCACAACUUCGAUCUCGUUCAUUCUCAGAUGAUGGCCCCGGGGAUACAUUCCACCCGGUGGAGGCAUUAUCUUCAAGAUAUUUUCCGUGUUACGAGAGGUGGAGGGUGGUGCCAGAUGGUUGAACUAUACUUUAAUGUCCAGUCAGACAACGGAAGCCUGACCGACGCUCAUGCCUUACAGCAGUGGAGCUCCAGAUACCUCGAGAGCAUGGAAGGCUUGAAAGACCUGCGGGUCCCGCUCCGACUGGCAAACUUGAUGAGAGAUGCGGGAUUUGUCGACGUCGAGCAUCGCAUUAUCCCACUGCACACUUGUGGCUGGUCGACAGACCAAAGAGAGUACGAAAUUGGUGUUGCCAAUCGAGAGAAUGUUCAGCGCUUGCUUUCCUCUAUGGCCUUGUAUCCUUUCACCGAGAGAUUGGGGAUGCCGAUCCAGGACGCGCACCUUCUGAUAGCUCGGGCACGUCUGGAGGCCGAUAAUCCUGCAUUCAAGGUAUGA